GAGGGAAGGUGCUGCUGCUUCACGCGCGCGUGCCUGUGCGUACCUCCUGGCAGUGCGCAUGCGCCCAGGCCCAAGCUGGGCCCUAGCAACCGCCGCAGUGACAGUAGCAACGGAGCGGAAUGGCAAAAGCAACAACAAUUAAAGAAGCCCUAGCCAGAUGGGAAGAAAAAUCAGGUCAGAAGCCAGCAGAAGCCAAAGAGGUAAAACUUUAUGCCCAGAUUCCCCCUGUAGAGAAGAUGGAUGCAUCCUUGUCCAUGCUUGCUAAUUGCGAGAAGCUUUCGCUGUCUACAAACUGCAUUGAAAAAAUUGCCAAUCUGAAUGGUUUAAAAAACUUGCGGAUCUUGUCACUGGGAAGGAAUAACAUAAAGAACUUAAAUGGAUUAGAAGCAGUUGGGGACACAUUAGAGGAGCUGUGGAUAUCUUAUAAUUUCAUUGAGAAGCUAAAAGGGAUCCAUGUUAUGAAGCGACUGAAGAUCCUCUAUAUGUCUAAUAACCUAGUAAAAGACUGGGGGGAAUUUGUAAAGCUGGCUGAAUUAGGAUGCCUAGAAGAGCUGGUGUUUGUGGGUAAUCCCCUGGAAGAAAAAUGUUCUGCUGAGGGCAUCUGGAUUGAUGAAGCAACUAGACGAGUGCCCCGGCUGAAGAAGCUAGAUGGAAUCCCAGUGAUUAAAGAAGAAGAUGAAGAAGAAAGCUAAUGCCACAUUUCCACUUUGUUUUAACUUAUGAUAUUUAACUAAGAACAAUAGAUAAUGCAUUGUAUAAUUGUCUGUUUAAAAAAGUAUAUUGAGGGCAAAUUAUUUUUAAAAUAUUUUACAAAUUCCUUGUCAUCAUUUUCCCUUACCCCAUCUAAAGAGUGAGUUAACAAAACAGUGAUGACAGCAACUUUCCUUACAAGGACACAGGCCUCCUAUUUUGUAACUAAAGAAAUUGCAGAUAGCAAUAUCCACUCUUUAGUCACAACUGCAUAUCCCAUGCUAAAAAAAUAUUUAUAAAAUAGGGUUUUUUUUUCCUAGUUAGAAUAGAAGCAUAUUUUUCGUGUCCCUUCAACCUAAGUAUUUUAAUUAUUUAUAAUAACAAAGGAAUGUUUUAGUUCUUUGUUCAAUUCGUUUAAAUACAACUUGUAUUUUUUUUAAUAUGCGUUGCUUCAAGAAAAAAGUUUUAGAGCCACAUAUUUGGAUCUUUACCAUCUUCCUUCCUGUCUAGCUACCUUCUUGUUUUUCAUACUCACACACAUGCCAUCUAUUUGGUUCAAAAAAAUAACAUAUGGCAUGAAUUGAUCUUCUGUCACCAGCAAGACCUAGAGCCAGUGCAUGACAAGUUCAGUUGGAACAACUGUGCGUAAGAGAGAAAGAGUCAAACCCAAGGUGUGGCAUAUUCCAUAUUAUGGUUUGUAGGGAUUUUUAAAAAAGGAGUGCAUGUUAACUGGGAUUUAGGUCAUCUUUACUUGUGGCCACUGAGUCAGAUUAUGGCCUAGCAAUUAUCUUGAUCUUCUCUAUAAUCACUGAGGCCAAUCAGUCAUGUUAUGUUCAGUAUCUUUUGUGAAGAUGACUGUAAUGAUCACUCUUUGUGCCGUCAUCUGGUUACUUUGCACAGGUAAAUCUGGCCUUAUGCACAUGGUGAAAAUCGUAAAGAAGCAACUAGAUAUUUUAGGUCUGCCUAGCCCAAACUGAUUGCUAGGCAGCAUUACUCCAUAUUCAUGUAGGUUUUUAUCAGUUGUACCUAAUUAUUAGGGACAGUGAUUGUGGUAAAUAUAAAGAAUAGAGACCUUGUCAAGAAUUGAAUCUAGCAACUUCCUGAUAAAUGAAAUUUUCUAUUUCUAGGUUCACUUUUGUUUGAGAAGCGCCAGUUCAGAUAGCUGAUAGGAUGGGUCAUGUAAGUGUAUAUAGGAGGUAAAGAAAAGAAAGUGAGUAUUUUGAUAUGGGUGUACAGGCAAAUGGCAACACUUUUUAAAGUAAUUUCAUGCAGCAUUGCAAUAUACUUAAACUCUGAAAUCACGAAAUAACAAGAAGGCACAGAAUUUUAGAAUACUAUGUAACAAGAAAGUCUACGUUCUUUCCCUUCCUGGGAAGCAUAAGGUGGUAUAGCAGGUGCCUGAGUGGAGUUUUGCAGAGAGAAAUGGCCAAUUCCCUCAUAUAGAGCCAGAAGGAAGCCAGGAACCCUCUGCCACAUUGUUCUAGAUAUGCCUAAAGUGAGGUGCCACCAAUAAAGGAGAAAAAAAAGUUAAUAACUUAAAGAAGUAGCUCCUGGCUUCAGAGGCAUUGAGUUCUUACCAAGACAGGAAGCAUUUGAUUUCCUUGAGUAUACAGACUUACUAGAAAGGUGUUACUGCUUUGACAAUCAGUUUCUAGUGAUGAAAGAAGAAAAAUUGGCACACCGUUUUAAACAUUUUAGCCAUUCUCUUAGAAGAAAUUCUAUAUAGUUAACUUAGGAAACCCUGCCCAAUCUUAAGAGUCCAAAGCCUAUGAAUAUUCAAGGGGAUCAUAAUUCAAAGAACCUUCAUUGUACUUUUGUUGUGGUUGGUAAUUCAUUCUGUUGUCCUGGUUGAACCAAAAAUUUUUAGGUUGGGUGGGUAUUCUUUGUUCUCUUCCCCUAAAAGUCACUGUCAGAGUGAAACAAGUGACUUACAACAAUGUUGGCCAGUUGAGUUUGCUUGUCACAUGGCUUAGGGAUUGUUUUUGGUGCCUGUUUUUCCUAUUCUUGGUUUUGACCUUUUUAAAUCUGAAGGGACUUUUUCUUUCUUCUUGUAAGCUUGGAAUCACAUGUGAUGUUCAGAGAAAUAGAAGGCGGUGAUUACUGGUGACUUCACCCAAUAUUCACAUUCAUGUCAACUCAUCAUGUUUAUUGAGUGCCUACUGUGGUGCCUAGCACAGUUCUUUUUAUGAGACUGAGUCUAUAGUCUUAGCCAUUAGGGAAGGAAAUAUGGGGACCCAGAAGUAGUUCAGGAUCUUUCUUCAUCUAUUUCGAAGGACCCUAAAUUUAACUGACGCUUUAUGCCUUAAGCAUAUUGCUUCUAGGAAAGAUGUUCGGCCUAGUUUGAAUGUGUUGUCUCUGUGCUCAUAGAUUAUUCAUAUAUAUAUAUACACAUAAAUAUUACAUAUAAUAUAUGUUUUAUACAUAUAUGUUUCAAGUGAAUCCUAUUUCCUGAAUCUAUUUUUCCCUCUAACGGUAAAUUUGUAUAAUUGGUCAGAUCUUUUAAUUGUUCAGAAAAGCUUCUAUUUUAGUCAUCCAAAGAAUUCAACUCUUCUGUGGUAUCCAAUAUCGACAUAGUUGUAAUUCUAUACACUUUUACACAACUCUAGUUAUCUGCUGCCAGUCUUCAUGUGAUGUUUAAAAAGGUGAUGUGUGUAUGAAGGAUGGCCAGAAAAGGCAUACAAAUGUUACCCUAUUUUACCUCUCUUAAAAAUCUUUUGGUAGUUUUAUUUUCUCUCUCAGCUUUUCCUAGAAGUGUCUCACCUAGCAUUUUUUACCAUUUUUAGUUUAAGCCAACUCUCCCAAGAGAUCACUGAUUUUCGCUCUCUCCUUUUAAUUAUCAGUGGUGCCCUUUCUUGGAUAGGAAAUGUCCACACUUCUCUCUUUCUUAUUUUCUAAAGUCUAACCUUUUAAGUACACUUUUAAAAACUGAGUCCAUGUUCUUUAAGGAUGAUUUAUAGUACAGUUUUGCACAAGAUUCCGAGUUUUACGCAUCCAUAAUAAAAAUUUUACAAAUUAUUAUAUAAAACUUGGGAUUGUACAUAUAGUUGGGUAAUGUAGGCAUUCAUAUAAAUCUUUCCUUAGUAACUCACUUUUUAAAAAAUGCUUUACAGUUUACAAAGGGUAUUCCUUACAACAAACCUCUGAGAUAAUUCAGAUUUAGUUUGGUAGUGAUCUGAAGAUAUGUUUCAUUAUGUGAAAAUAACUUGGUCUUGGCAAUAUUCCUAGGUAUGAUUUAAAAAAAACUUUUUUUAAAAUUACUAUUUAAGUUGAUGUUAAUUCACUAAGUUUGAGAUUACAUGCCAGGAACCGAGAUCAGAGAAUUAGGCUUCCUCUUUCGGCCUCUGAAGGAGGACUGAAGUUUAAGCAGAGAUCAUAAAAAGAGCUUAGAUGCUAUUCUCAUAUGGAAAAACAGCUUUUGAUUUGACAGGGAGCUCAUUAGCAGUGUGAAAUAGAAUAAGGAGAGAUGAGAAGUGAGGUUCGAAGGGUAUUCAAGUCCCUUUCAAGGAUUUGUUCUCAGUAUUAAUUCCCGUUAUGUGUAAAUAGAUUUUAAGGCUAAUUUAGCUCUGGGGUUUACCAUAAUCAUCCACCUGGAAGGACUAAAUAGAAAGGGAGAGGUAGGAUUGGACUAUUCACUGAAAGAUGAAAUAAUAUUGUUACUAGUAGAGAAGGCAAACAGCACGGUGGAUAAAGUGCUGGGCCUAGAGUCAGGAAGACUCAUCUUCCUGAGUUCAAAUCUGGCUUCAGACACUCACAAGCUGUGUGACCCUGGGCAAGCCGUUUAACCUUGUUUGCCUCGGUUUCCUCUUUUGUAAAAUGAACUGCAGAAGGCAAUGGCAAACCAUUCCAGUAUCUUUGCCAAGAAACCCCAAAUGGGAUCAGGAAGAGGCAGACACAACUGAAACAGUUUGUAAAGCUGCAUUGCUCAAUUGCUGUCACAGUCAUUCUUUGCUAGAGUUCCUCUUCAUUUAACACACACUUUUAUCAUUUUGGGGUUUUUUUCAUUAAUCUGUAGAGUACUGAAGUCUAAAACAAAACUUGACUCACUCUGAGUUGGUGCUUGCUUCUGACAUAUUUCACUUGAGUCCAUUCUCUAACCCCAGCCAUGGUAUUUCACAGGACUUCCUUAUAAAGUUGUAACGAUAGUUACAAUAAAAAAUGAAGGGUAAUGAUUGAAAUCUCUUCUAACGUUAUAUCCACAAAGUCACAAUACCAUGAACUAGUGACUACAAAAGAAAGAAACUAAAUCAAACCGAGGCCUACCUUUACGUGAUGAGUCAUUUCCCAACACAGUUUACUUGACGGCUGUGAGAAAGUGGUAGCUGGAUUCUAGUUCGUUCCUAGGUGGAGGAGGUCAAAGGAAGCCGACCAGAUUUUGUUAGAGCAAAUUUAAGCAGGGAGAGAAGUUACUAUUUUGGGGAAAAUUUGCACUUUAACAUGAUGCACUGGAUUCUGAUAGGAAGUACUUCCAAAGGAUAGAUGGCUAUUGAUCCAGCCUGCACAGUAGUAUCUUUGAAUUAGACCUCACAUAAGCUAGGUCUAGUGAACCUGGCCUAAGUAUAUAUUUAUAGUAGCUUCCUGAGAACACCAAUCACGGUAAGGAUUUCCUUAGUUAUUUGGUGCAAUCUUCCAUUUCCGCUGCAUCCAUGGUGAUGAAUCUGUGUGAUGUGACACAUUAGAGUCCCAUGUACAAUGCUGAAACCAUGCAGAAUCCUGAACAGCAGCUUUGUGAGUUAUCGUUCCCUCACACAUACUAUAUAUGUCUAUUUUAUUAAUCUAGAUGUUGGCUAAACAGAGUUGUGGCGAGUAGUGCAGAGGUGGGUGGGAAUUCUUUGCUUGUUUGGCAGGCAGGGUGCUUGCCUCUGGGGUGCUAUGGCCCAAAGGGAUUAAUUUCAUCAAAAGACUGAUGGGUAGAAGCUGAGGGGGAUGAUCUCAGCAGCUCUUCCCUUGAUUCUGUUGGACUAGGAAGGGUCACUCCAUAAACCUUUUAUAAGUGGCUCUAAUUAGGAGGAUAUUUUAACAUCUACUUUGGUUGAUAAUCUCUUUUAUACACAGAAGUUUUGUAGCAUGACUUUAUGGCUAAACAUAUUGUCUUUUAAAUUAUUUAGAUCUAUUUGGUUUCUAAAUGUUAUUUUGUGGAACUUGUUUUAAAAUAGUAAUAAAUGGUGUUAUUUUAUAAAAAA